AUGAACAAGUUCCCCGCCCUCGAACCUGUGCGACUGUAUGCUUCUUCAGGUUCGACCCUCCCUUCCGCACGCCGACAAACAGUGAGAAAUGUGUCGUCGACUAGCAAGUCGUCUCGUGGGCCUGCUCCCUUUCAGCUCAUCGGUCGUCUUCCUGCGGAACUUCACAUCCUCAUACUAACACAUCUUGCUGUCCCCGACCUUCCAGCGUAUGCUCUAUGCUCAAGAGCUUUGGCGAAGCUGGUUCGGGACGAACGCGUCUGGGAGAUACGCUGGGCGGCUUUGGGCGUUGACCAGAGCAAUUUAGGCGGAGCUCUCGACAUACUCGAGGAGAGAAGCAAGUCGGGCACCGGCGCUGCUCAAGGUCACCUACCUCCAAAGUUGACGGUGGACAUUGUCGAUGACGACUUUGGCGAGUUUGCUGCAGUGGAUGCAAAGGCGGAUGAGAUGGGUGACUUCAUCGGUUCGUUCAGCAAUGUCAUGAUUCAUAGCCCACGUUCUCCUGGAUACGUUCCCGAGCUGGCCCACCCAUCUCUCCAAUCCCGCUAUAUUCAUGCACAUAAACUCCUGAAGUCUCUUAUACCAGCUCUCUCAGCUCCUCCACAUGCUGUGCUCUCUGCGUUGUUCCCUCUCAAGAGUCCUCUACGAUUACGACAGCAAGCUCAUAUCCUCCGCAUUCUAUCUCUCUUCCUGUCACCUCGCGUCAAGCCUGUUCGUGCCUGGGAAACGCUGAGCUCCGCACUCAGAGCUGCGAUUGAUCGAUUCGAGGAUGCUCUGCUGACUGCAUUCGAUACCAUGGACGGCAAAGGAGAUGAGGCUGCCAUGCGAGAAGUUGCAGAGGCAAGCUGGGAGAUGUGGGAUAGGAAUGAAGGAGAAUGGGAGCUUGGCACGAUGUGGACCGAGAAAAGGGAAAUCUUCUAUGAGCAGAGCAAGUGGAAACCCUUAGACAACUUCACUAAGGACCAACAACUUGAUUUUAAUGCAAUGGAUGCAUUCAUCACAGAGGUGCUCGCAGCAUUGAAAGAGCACGGCUCGCGAGCCGCUCGGGUCUUCCCGCCAGAAACGCGUGUGUUGCUUUCAUUUGCUGACCGCCUUGCGAACGAUGUGGUAGGCGAGUACACAUCGCCGCUACUCACACGCGCCCGUGAAGUGUCCAACGAGACGUUUCUGAAGGCUUCGGCUGCAAGCUUCAAGGAGGCAUGGCGUAUGGUCGACAUGGUCACAGAGGUCGCGGCGAUGGCCACCGACGCAUUGGUUACACGCAUGCAAGCCGAAGAUGUUGUCUAUCGCAUGUUCGAAGUGAACAUGGAUGAAUACCUCGACGAAGAAGUUGAAUUUGUCAAGCAAUCCUUUGAGAAGAUAUGCAGAAGUUGGGACGACCAGGUGUCACAACAAAGCGCAGUGCCUAGCAAAUCGACGGAACAUAUCCGAUUCAUCGGAUCGCAAAAUCCUGCGCAAGUCAAGCGUACCGUGCUGGCGUCAUUCACCGACGUUUUGCUCCUACCUGUCACUAUCGUGCCGCGGACCGUCGGCAAGGCUGUCAAUGCAAUCGCAUCCAGCAGUAAUGCCGCGGUGCAAGGCAUCUCCAUGUUGAAUCCGCAGCGCUGGAGUACUGGAAGUUCUGGGGCGAUCGCGCAAGGCGGUUCGAGAGGGUUCGGCCGUCUUAGCGGAUGGGGCUCGAACCAGAAUGACAAGAAUUGGUAUAUGCGUGACUUUGAAAAGGGCGGAGAUGAAACUCUGUUCGAAAUCGGUGAAUUUGAUGAGGACGAGAAGGACGAGAGCAAGCAUGCGCAAGAUGAAGAUAGUUCAAAGGAUAGUCGAUCUUCCAUGUCAUCCACGACGACCGUGAAUGCUUCCCGGACGGCGUCGACUUCUCCAUCUUCGCGGAGGUCCACUCCGCGACCGCCCAAGAGCGAUUUCGACAAACUCGAUCUUCUACUGUCACUGGAUAUUGCAUUGGAGCUCAUUCACGCCGAUCGUGAAUCCCUCAAACGAGUUGAGACGUUUUCUGGGUAUCCGGGGCAGUAUGGCCAUCGCGUGCGUGACACGAUAGAGGAUAUCUUCGUGCUCAUGUUGCAGGCUUUGAGUGAUAGACACAUUCGACCGGGGUUCGAGAGAGCCAUCGAGCAGAUGAAGUUGUACCAGCCAGCGGAGCACGAAAAAAGCCAAAGCGUUGCUCCACUGCUUCAAUUCUUCGAGCUCGUUCACAUUGGAGACACGAUACAGUCCAUGGUACAGGUCUACUUCGACAAGGAUAUCGCACCUCAUAUCGACCGCACUGAUUUCCUCAAUACGGUGGUGCGCGAAAAGAAGAGGUUUGAGGACGUCUUGGACGAUUCCGUGGCAGCAGGUUUGAACGCAGGUACCGACGCCUUGAUGAACCAAGUUGAGCACAUCAUUCUGAAGUUGACGAAGCCGCGGGAGUACUACCCUGCAGACGAUACGCCCCUUGAGCUCGGACCUACGCAAGGAUGUGUGGAGGCAAUAGGUUGUCUGAAGAUGCAUUGCCAAUUGUUGAAGGGUAGCACCAGCAAGGAGGUGCUAGAGGUCUUCUAUCAAGAGAUCGGUAUCCGCCUCAUCGCAAUCUUACAAAAGCAUCUGAAGCGGCAAAUCAUCUCUUUGAACGGAGGCUUCCAGGUUAUUGCAGACCUGAACGCGUAUUACUCGUUCAUUACGUCGCUGAAGGUCCCCACCAUCGCCUCUGAGUUCUCUUAUCUCAAGAUGCUAGGUCAUGUCUACAUAGUCGACGACGCGAAAGACCUGGCACAGAUCGUGCGAGACGUCACGCGUUAUGGCGGCGCAUAUAGGCCUGAAGACGUCUAUGAGUUCAUUCAGAGACGAGCUGAUUGGAAGAAGAUUGAGAAGACGGUGGAUAAGACUAUGUACAACCUCAGCUUCAAGGAGGAUUGCAUAAUCUCUUGA